UUCAUUCACCUGUCUCACUUAAAAAUGCAUCAGAAAUGCCAUGCUGGAAAAAGACAUUACAUGUGCAGUGAAUGUGGAAAGACCUUCAGCUGUAAAGACACACUUGUUCAGCAUGAGAGAGUUCACACUGGGGAGAAGCCUUUUAAGUGCAGUGAGUGUGGCAAAGCCUUCAGCCGUAAAGACACACUUGUUCAACACCAGAGAUUUCACACUGGAGAGAGGCCUUAUGAGUGUAGCAAAUGUGGAAAAUUCUUCAGCCAAAGCUCCCACCUUAUUGAGUACUGGAGAAUUCAUACUGGGGCAAGGCGUUACGAGUGUGCUGAAUGUGAGAAAUUCUUUAGCCAUAAAUCCAGCCUCAUUAAACAUCAGCGAAUAAUUCACACAGGAGAGAGGCCUUAUGUGUGCAGCCUGUGUGGGAAAGCCUUCAGCCGUAAGGAUACCCUUGUGAAGCACCAGAAAAUCCACACUGGAGAAAGGCCUUAUGAGUGCAGCGAAUGUGGAAAGUUAUUCAGACACAGCUCCAACCUUAUUGUACAUCAGAGAAUUCACAUGGGGGCAAAGCCUUACAAGUGCAGUGAAUGUGGAAAAUGCUUUAGCCACAUUUCCAGCCUUAUUCUCCAUCAGAGAGUUCACACUGGAGCAAGGCCUUAUGAAUGUGGCGAAGGUGGGAAAUUCUUUAGCCGAAACGCUAGUCUCACUCUCCACCAGCGAGUACACACUGGAGAAAAUCUUUAUGUCUGUGGGAAGGCCUAUAGCAGGAGCUCCCAUCUUAUGUAG